GUCGGGUUCAACAAGUGCAAAUCAGGCCGCAGUCUGCCUUGUCAGAAAACUGAGGCUUUUUCACGCUCCCCGCCCUUCCUCUUCUUCGCCCUGUUUUUCAUCUCUCCAUCCCAGACUGUAACGAGAUAGUCGGUAAACUGCUCAUCGAUCAUCAUCAGGAAACCUCAUGAGUUCUGAUCAGUCACCCCUCUGGCAGGUUUCAAGAUCCACCCGGAGCCAUGGAAGCCAUCGGUGUGGGCGCGAAUGUUCUGGCAUUCGUCCUUCUCGGGCUAAAGAGCGCAAAAUUCAUCCAUGAGACUCUGUCGGCAGUCAAGGAUGGCCCAGAGAUUGUCCAGCGGGUUGCACGAGACAUCUUACAGCUGCACUGGAUCUUGGAACGGGUGCAUCAAUCUCGAGCUGCUGCGGAUGAUGAAUCUCUGCUAUUUCAUGCUCAGCAAUGCGUAGAUGAUCUAGGCAGCUUGGCAGAAAUCGUGCAGAGACUUCAACUAGCGACAAACGAGAGGUUGACAGGCAGGUUUUGGAAGCGGAUCAAGACAGUCUUGAGCGAAAAAGACUUGGCCAGAAUCAGCACUCAGGUGACUCAGAAGGCUUCCUUGCUGGAUUUUCGAAUCAAUCUGCUAUCCAGCGAUGCAACUUUUGAGAUCAAGGAUGGACAGGAUCAACUCAUGCAAACAACUCAAGCACUCGACUCGUCCAUCCAAAACCAAUUCAACUCAUUGACAGAACGCUUUGUUCAAAUGGAAGAUGCAUUGUCAAGUAAAUUAGCUGACAGAAAACCCCAUCUGCCGGUUGGCCCGCCUGAGCACACACAAGCCGCAGAACCGAUAUCGGUGAAAGACAUCGGCGACAUGCUGCAACAAAUCCGCGACCACAUCGUCGCAUCUCCUACACAGAGUAUUUCAGGACCUGUGACUGGCCAAGGUACCACUGAUGGGCUGUUAAAUAGCCAAGUUGAACCCCCACGGGUCGACCAGCAAAUGAUGAACAGCUUGGAUCGUCUUUGCCGCCUCAUCGAUGAAAAGCGACGAACGAUUGAUGCAUACUCAGAAGAUGACGAGUUAGCAGAAUCCAUCAUGGAAGAUCUUCAACAGAUAGUGAAUUCCCUUCAGCAACAUGGAGCGCCGGUUGAACGCUCGGAAGAUGGCUUGCUUGAAACCAAGGAAUUAGAGCUAGUGUCUUUUCGUAAUGGCCUCCGUCGAUUUGCGAGGGGAUUUGGGGGUGGCAUACUUGAAAUCAAUGGCCGAAAUAACGGAAAAGCAAAAUAUUCACCUGGUACAAGAAUCCAACAGUCUAGAACAUUGGAUCACACAGACAUUGGCGUCGGGAAGCUCAGUUUUCUGAUCCACAAGCGCAAGCGGUCUAUUCAGGAGAAUCUUGAAAAUAGCCGGAAGAUUCAGAAGAGAGGCGGAACAGAUUAUUCAAUGUCAUUGACCUUUUUACCAAAAAAGUCGAGUUAUCAGCCUAUGAUUGUGGCCUCUUCAUUUCAGCAUCAAACAGCCGAUGAAGGCAUCUUGACCUUCUCAACUCUCAUGGUAAACCGAGUCCUGCCUGCAGGAUCAUUGGUAUUCAAACUAGCAAGAGAAGGAAACCUUCAGGAGCUUCAAGAGAUGUUCAGGAACCGAGAAGCAUCUCCAAGAGACCACGAUGAGCACGGUGCUUCAUUACUUCAUUAUUCAACAACACAACCUGAAGUAUGUAAAUUCUUAAUUGCUUGUGGUCUAGACCCAGACCACGUUGCAAAUACUGCUGGGGUCGAAGGUGGCCAGGGGUAUUUCGUAUCUCUGCUACAGUUUGAAUUAAAUGAUGAUGAAAUGGAUGGUGAGGAACUUGUGCGAGUAAAUCAGUGUCGCAAACUGCUUCUUGAGGCCGGCGGUGACCCAACUCUCAACCUCACAAACGAGGGAGAGAGUGUGAGCUAUCUCGGAAACUCGAUUGCCACGGGUACUUGUGAAUCAUUGCGAAUUGCCUGGAAUUCCGAGCUGACUGGGCAUAUUGCAAAUGCCACCAGCUACAAAAUCAAUGGUCAGUCGGCGUUUCUAGCACACUGCAGGAAUCUUGCGUGUACUAUGACUACUGAGAGCAUCAAGUUAUUCCUGGCACUAGGUGCAGAUAUCCGUGAUCGCGACGAAAAUGGGUUUACAUGUCUGCAUAUGUGUUUCCUAGAAAGAUCGUACCUUAAGGAUCCACAUGAAGAGUUCAAUGCUGUUAAGUUCCUCGUGGAAAGUGGAGCCGACCCGUCUUCAAGGACAUAUCUCGGUGCUUCAGUUAGCGACUUUGCUUACUGCCGAACAAAAGAAAAAGGGAGCUAUGAUGGUGACCUUUGGGAUGCAGUUCUACAAAGCUGUAGUUUCGACAUUUCGCAAUUCCGUUCGCAUAGCCAUCGAAGAUAUGCAAAGUACACAAUGCAAUAUAGUCGAGAAGAUUUCGAAGCGCUUUGGGAGGGGAGAGAAAGCGAAUGUCCAUACUGGGAUGAUGAACCUUGGCCGCCACUGGAGCCUGGAGAGAUCGACUAUGGCUAUGGGGGUUGCUCCGAGGAUGACUCAGAGAGGAUGGAUUGCGAAGGCGAUGAAAGUGACAGCCAAGUCGAGAUAUCAAGUGAUGGACUCCGGGAAUGGGAGGGUACUAUGGAGUUAGGUGGUCGUACGUUGUGUGAUCAGUGCUGGAAGAAGUGUCACGGCCUGGAGAAUGUCGAAGAAGAUACAAGUGGAGACUCAGAAUCUGAAAGUGAUGGGCAGGAAUCACCAAGAAUGGAGUCUCAUUGCGAGGAGCAGUUGAAUCAAGGAGACAUUACGUAUCAGCAAGCCGAUGCUCGGGGAGAAAUGCCGCAUUUCUCACCGCUCUCGGACAUGGAACUGGACAAUCCAUGGAUUGAUUAAUGAUUUACAUAUGACGCGAUAUCAAUUGGA